AUGGAGAAGCCUACCUUUCCAAGGAGGUUAUACACAAGAGGAGCUGAACCGGAAGCCCAAAAGAGCAUUUCCUACGGCAGCAACGACAAAAAGCUAUUUGCUGCCGUGAAAAAACUACUGAGUGAUGCCGAGUGGGAAACACUAUGCGACUCGCGAGUUGGUGUCUUCUGCAAGUUUCACGACCUCAAAUUCGAGUGGUCUUCGAAGUUGGUUCACACGAUGCUCUCAUAUCAGUUAGAGUGCAAGAAGAAGUAUGAGAUCUGGAGUGCGGUUGCGGAUAGCCCAAUUAGAUUUUCCCUGCAUGAGUUUGAACAUCUCACCGGCCUCAACUGCGACUAUGUGGAGGAUCUUGGUGACCCCAAGUGCAAGGUUACUCUAGAGAUGAGAGCAUUCUGGGAGAAGCUCGGAGUAGGUGUUGAGCUUGGUCCGAGUCAAGUAGAGCUCAUUCGUGCAUGCGAAUGGGCAACAGACUGGCCGAGUGAGGACAAACUUAGGCUUGGUUACUUGGCCAUCUAUACUGGCUUCAUUGCUGCUCGGAAAAACACCUCGCACACUCCUGUGAACCUGGCCAGAUUAGUGAUGGAUGAAGAGGAGUUUGAGAAUUAUCCGUGGGGGCGUGUAGCUUUCAAGAACCUGAUUGAAGCCGUCAAAGAAGCAGAGCUAUGGAAGUCCGGGUAUGUCCUGGAUGGGUUUGUUGAGGUUCUACAAGUAUGGGCAUAUCGUUUCAUGCCUGAAUUCAGAGCGAGUUGUGGUGCGCCCAUACGAAACGCUCCUGACAUUCCGCUCUUGGCCUACAAAGAAUCCAGGUGGAAGUGGAAGCCGGCGGACUGGAAUCCUCAAGGUGUUCUGGUGAAGAAUCCUAAACCCCCGGAGUUUGCGAAAGGAAAAGAUCCUCAGACCCUGGAGAUGAAAUGCAGAAGAGGCUGUGUCCUGAGAGCGUUUCCCUUGCUGAAGAUGGCUUCAGUCGCAUUCGAGGAGAAGCUGAAGUUGAUGUUUGAAGAUGGCUUCAGUGGUCCGCAUCUGACCCCAACCCCGAGGAAGCCUAAGGCGCCAACAGAGAAGAACGUGAGGCGCCAACAGAGAAGAACGCUGAGAAGAACGAGCCGUCUGGUGGACUCGUCGAUGCUAGAGCCGAGGAGAAGGCUGCCACUCCCAAGAAGGACAAACCUACGGAACCGUUUCAGACACCUCAAUGAAGGAUGA